GUCAGUGUUGUCCAAUAGGAUGAAGCGGACAGAGACACGUCGGUCGUUUCCGGAAACAGACAUGUCCGCCUCCGAUUCGUAGACAUUAGAUUUUUUACAAGAACUCCACGAUGGUGUUACUUCUUCCCUCCUACACCGGGACCAUCCUCCGUGUCAGGGGGCAGCUGGAGCUCAAAUGUCCGCUGCACAGCACAGACGUGUUGCCGAUGCACAAGGCGAUCUCAGAAACAUUUGAGAUCCUUCGCACCCAGGUCAAAUCUGAAUCCUGUGUUCUGGCAGUCUGUGACAGUCCUGUUGUCAUUUGGCCAAACAAAGGCGCUAAUGCAACACCUCAAGAAAUAACACCAGACACACUGUGUGAAGAUAUACAUCAGUGGAUACAGUCAGAUGAACAGGAGAGCUUCGGCAAGAAAUCUGGAAAAAAGAAAAAUAAAAAAAGUUUAGCAUCGAGUGUCAUAAGCCUUCACCUGAUGAUGGAGGUGACAAAUAUUGGCCCACUCUCAGCUCCCAUCCUUAGCAGAACAGUUCAGAAAUCCCACUUCAUUUCUACGACUCUUCCCAUGGACUGUGCUGUCCGUACAAGCGGCAACGACACAAUCAAAGAUGCCUGCGAACGCCUAGUGGAAGCACUAACUCGUCAGCUCUGUGAGAUGGAGAAAGUGACCUUGCAACACAUGAAAGGGACGACACUGCUGGUCCCUGAACCGCUCCACUUUCUUCUUCCAGAGCCUAAAGGACUAGUGACUGUGGUUUACCCAGCAGGGCUGCCUGACGACCAACUGGAGACGCAGCGUAAGGAACUGCAUCAACAGUUUGAGCUACCAGAGGACAGGCCUUAUUUUAGAAGAGCCAAUGUGUUCCACUUUCCCAGUGAGCCCUACAGAGACGGUUACCUCCGAAACCCUCACCUGGUCCUCACACACCCCACCAUGAAUGAUGGAAAGCCCUACUUGGUCCAGGGGAUCUACAGUUAUCACCACUACAUGCAGGAUCGUGUGGACGACAAUGGCUGGGGCUGCGCUUAUCGCUCCCUGCAGACCAUCUGCUCCUGGUUCCAGCAGCAGGGCUAUGUCGAGCAGGCUGUCCCCACUCACAAAGAGAUCCAACAGGCUUUGGUGGACGCUGGAGACAAGCAGGCCUCCUUUGUGGGAUCCCGCCAGUGGAUCGGAUCCAUAGAGGUUCAGGUUGUUCUGAACCAGCUGCUUGGGGUCACUUCAAAGAUCAUGUUUGUGAGUCAGGGGUCUGAGUUGGCAUCCAAAGGCAGAGAACUGGCCAACCACUUCCUUACAGAAGGAACUCCUAUCAUGAUUGGAGGGGGAGUUUUAGCUCACACAAUUCUUGGUGUGGCCUGGAGUGAGACCACCGGGCAGAUCCGAUAUCUCAUCCUGGAUCCACAUUACACAGGAGCAGAAGACUUACAGGUCAUCACAGACAAGGGCUGGUGUGGAUGGAAAGGACCAGAUUUUUGGGAUCAAACUGCGUAUUAUAAUCUCUGUCUGCCUCUGAGGCCAAAGAUCGUCUGAGCUCUCACAGUCUGUCAGAUGGACAUUGUUCGGCAUUGGUAAAGCAUAUGGAAAACUUAUGGAGCGUCAUUUCUGUAACAGUGUUAAAUUCUUUUAAAUAAUUCACCUUUAUGUUUUUGGCAACUAAGGCACAAGGCACUAUCUAUCUAUCUAUAUAUAUAUAUAUAUAUAUAUGUAUAUAUAUAUUUAUAUAUAUAUUAAUUUUUUUUAUCAAAAAAUAAAUUAAUCAUCAGUGUUCUUGAAUUACUUUCUAUUAUUUAAUAUAAAAAAGGCUUAUGAAUUGCUUAAACUAAACAGGCUCAUUUUAUUUUGACAGGAAGUACAAUACAUCAAGUUUUGCUGUUGCUUUAUGUUAAUGGUAAACAAUCUAAAAGUCAAUGGUUUUGACUCCCGUAAGCGAACUCCCCUCUGUGUCUGCUUGAUGGGAACACCAGCUGAUCAGAAGGUAUAUUCUACUGUACUAAAUGGUUGAUUAUACAAAUUAUUAAACCGUACUGUGUAUUUUA